AUUGAUUAAUAUGUCAGAGAAGAGAAUAGUGAUAAGCUGCUGAGGGAGUAUUCAUAGUUAAACAAAAUUAUUUAAAUUUCAAUGUAUUUGUGAAAAUAUAGUUAUAGGUAUUAAAACACAGAAGUUAUCAUGUCUGCUGCUGGGACACCCUCCACUGACCCAUGGGUGAUUUUAGCCCGAGAAAGGGCUAGAUAUGAAGAGCAGUUCAAAUCUUUAAAACCCUCCAAUGGAAUUAUUACUGGGGAACAAGCGAAGUCAUUUUUACUUCAGUCACAAUUACCACCUAUUGUUUUGGGGCAGAUCUGGGCACUCGCAGACACCGAUGCAGAUGGGAAAAUGAAUAUCGAUGAAUUUUCCAUAGCCUGUAAGCUUAUUAAUCUAAAAUUAAGAGGAUUUGAGGUCCCUAAGGGCCUCCCUCCUUCGCUUCUUGCUUCUCUUAAAGUUAAUACUCCACCUGCGAUCCCUCCUUUACCAAACACUGCACUUGUUAACCCUCCAUCUAGACCAGAGCCUCCCAAAAUUGCACCAAUGAUGUCAACACAACCUUUAAGUCAACCUUUAACAUCGACACAACCGCCUUUACUGCCUGGAUUAAUUGGACAACCUCCAAGUAAUAUUACACCCAAUACUGUAUCUAUGGGAAUGGUCCAAACUGGGGUAGUUCCACCUACUAAGGGUAAUUUUACAAAUAUACCGAAUGUUCCCAACAUUCCAACAGGAAUUAUUCCACCGAUGCAAUCCACAGUACCUCUUGUUCAGCCUCUCAUAGACGCUGCACCAUCAAUGGCUUCCACUGCCCCAUUAGUUUCUGGAAUCCCGCUCUCUUCUUCCACAAUUCAACCGAUAAUGUCCAGUGCUCCGUUAGUAUCAGGUGUACCUUUAACUGCUUCUUCAAUUGCCCCAACCAUUCCACCUAUUAGCUCGGUACUGCCGCCUAAUCUAUCUAGUGGACCAGGAAUCCCGCCACCCAUACCAAAUAUACCAUCAGUACCUGUAAAUACAGUUGCGCCUUUGCCCGCCCCAGGUAUGUCUCCUAUUACUAGUCAACCUGUUGGAGUUGUGGGCAGACCGGGAGCUACCAGUACGCCUAGAGCUAGUGUCACGAGCUUGGAGAGAACUCAUUCAAUUGAAUCAACUUCAAGUCAACCAGAGUGGUCUGUUCCACAUCAAACCAAGUUGAAAUAUACCCAAAUAUUUAACACAACCGAUAGGACGCGUACAGGAUUUUUGUCAGGAGCACAAGCUAGGAACGUCAUGGUACAAACAAAAUUACCACAAAAUAUUUUGGCCGUAAUUUGGGCCUUAUCGGAUAUGGACGCCGAUGGCCGCUUAGGAUGUGAAGAAUUCGUCUUGGCAAUGCACUUAUGCGAACAGGCAUCGUUAGGACAUGCACCGCCUUCAAGAUUACCACCGGACCUUAUACCUCCUUCCUUUAGAAGAACUAGAACAACAUCAAUUUCUAGUCAAGGAAGUGCUCCACCAGAUCAAGAUCCAGCUUCCACUUUAUUACAAAAUUCAUUUGAAGACAAACGAAAAGAAAACUUUGAAAAGGGACAAGCGGAACUAGAACGUAGAAGAAAAACAUUGUUAGAUCAACAACGACAAGAAAGGGAGGAGCGCGAAAGGAAAGAAAGGGAGGAGCAGGAUAAGAAAGAAAAAGCGAGACAAGAAGCAGAAAGAAAACGACUAGAUGAACUAGAAAAACAAAUGAGAGACCAGCAAGAGAAAGAAAGGUUGAUCGAAGAAGAAAAGAAAAGGCAGGCCGAACAGAGAGAAGCCGCGAGGAAAGAAAUGGAAAGGCAAAGACAAUUAGAAUGGGAAAAGCAGAGAUUGCAGGAGUUGCAGAAUCAACGGCAAAGAGAACAAGAGACUGUUUUAAAACUAAAAGCUAGAAACCAAAGCCUUACCAUUGAACUUACCACCCUUAAUGAUCAGGUGAAAGAAUUAUCCCAAAAAAUAUGUGAUACGCGGAUGGGAGUUUCGAGUGUUAAAACAACAAUCGACGGAAUGCGUUCAACCAGAGAUUCGCAGAUGCAGGAAAUGUCGCAAUUGAAAAAUAAGUUGAAAGAACAGAAUGCUAAGCUAUUGGCCUUAUCGCAGGAGAAGAUUAAACUUGAUGCCAAGAACAAAGCCAACACUCAGGAUACAGAACAAGCAAGGUUGGCAUUUGAAAAUAAAGAAGUUACUAUUAAGAAUCUCAAAACCAAGGUAGACGAUAUGCAAGUAGAAAUAGAUAGCAAAAUGGCGGACAUCGAAAAUAACAAUACUCAAUUAAAAGACCUUCAAACCGAACUUAAAAAUCUAGUAAAUGAAUGCGAACAGCUCUAUUCUGUAUACGAAGUGAAACGAAAUACCAUUUUGGAUAUGAAAAGUUCUAGUAAAACUAAUGAAAUGAACGCGUGGCAAACUACAGAUGCUUGGGGAUCAAAUGACAAUGAAACCACCUCUGACUGGCCUGUUGAUAAUUGGGCUGCCUCUACGGAUGUGUCGACUUUGCCUGGUCUCGUCAAAUACAGAGCAUUGUACGAAUUUGUUGCAAGAAAUAAUGAUGAAAUAUCCUUCCAACCCGGUGAUAUAAUAAAUGUACCCAAAGAACAAACUGGAGAACCUGGAUGGCUUGCGGGCGAAAUACGAGGUCAUACUGGUUGGUUUCCCGAAGCGUAUGUGGAACCUGUUGAUGGCAUAGGUGUAAGAGAUGAUUCUGCAUUUAGUCAAACAACUAGUAGCAUUGAAGAGACUGAAGCAACACGAUUAGAAGGUAUUGCAGAAGUUCCCGAAGGAUCCGACACGACAAAUUCAUUUGAACCGACCCCUGUACACGUACCACCUGAAGUCGAACCAGUAGCUCCAGUUGAACCUGAAGUAGAACCAGAAUAUUAUAUAGCUAAUUAUCCAUAUCAAUCUGUGGAACCUGGUGACUUGACGUUUAAUGCUGGAGAAGUCAUAGGAGUUAUCAAGAAGGAGGGUGACUGGUGGACAGGAAAAUUAGGAAGUUUAGUCGGAAUUUUCCCAAGUAAUUAUGUACAAAAAGUUGAUGUGAACUCUUCCGCUAACACCAUUAACGCCGCUCCUGUAGCACCACCUGAACCUACUCAGGAACCAGCUCUCCCACCACCAAUGGAACUGUCAACAGGUGUGUCAGCAGAAGCUGUAGAGUCUGCUCUGGCCAACGUUUCUGCACAGUCACAAGCCGAUAAUGAGGUGUCCCAGAUAACAUUAAAUAAAGCUAAAGAAGAAGCUUAUGCGCAAGCUGGCCAGUUUCAUUCUUUUGUUAACAUUGAAUAUCAUUUAUAUCCACAGGUCGUGAAGACGAAAAAACCUGAAAUAGCGUCCGUAAUAGCACCGUAUCAGUCAACAAGUCCAGAACAAUUAUCCUUAGCUAGAGGACAACUAAUAAUGAUUCGUAAGAAAACAGAUUCCGGCUGGUGGGAAGGUGAAUUACAAGCGAAAGGUAGAAAACGACAAGUAGGAUGGUUCCCGGCAAGUUACGUUAAAGUUUUAAACAGUUCAGGUAGAAUUAGUGGUAGAACCACUCCUGUAUCUACUAGUCGAAUGCAACAAGAAGUUAUUAUUGAUAAGGUGAUAGCACUGUAUCCAUAUUCAGCAGGAAAUCCGGACGAAUUAACAUUUGCAAAAGAUGAUAUCAUUAGUGUAACUGCUAGAGAAGAAGAAGCGUGGUGGAGGGGUGAAUUAAACGGAGUAUCAGGACUUUUCCCCAGUAACUAUGUCACACCGUUGCAGCAAUGAACAUUGCACCCAUCCUACCAUUCGAAGCUGAAUAGUUUAACAAAUAGAAUCAUUAGGAUUUUUAGCAUAAUAUCCGUUGUUAAUAUUAUUAUUCAGAAUUUACCCGAAAUGAAAGCUUACGUUACAUUCUGUGGCAAACAACUAGACAGCGCUGCUCUCUUACAAAAAUUAACGGAAAAUUCUACUGCCUUUAGAGAUUUAGUGAAAAAAUGUCAAAAUAAUGUCGCCACGAAAGGAAUGCCUUUAUCGUCGUUUUUAAUUAAACCUAUGCAGCGAAUUACUAGAUAUCCGUUGUUGAUUAAUAAAAUUCUAGAAAAUACGCCUGAUGAUCAUCCCGAUUACAAGAAUCUCCAGGAGGCAUUAACUCUAGCCGAAAGCUUUCUAAAUUCUAUCAACGAAAACGUUAGACUGAAAGAAAACCAAGAUCGAUUAAAUUGGUUACAACAAUGUGUUCAAAAUGAUCUAAAUAUUGUGUUCAAUAGCGAAACAAAUAAAUUGGGUCCACGUCAAUUAUUGCAUUACGGCAUUUUUAAUAAAUUAAAAAGCAAUAAAGAACUGUUAGGAUUCCUAUUUAACGAUUUCUUUAUGUUUGUUCAAGCUACAAAAAGCAUAGGAGUGCAGUUUACAUUUCAGAUUAAUGAAAACGUAUCGUAUAAACUAUAUAAACAGCCUAUUUUAAUUCAAAACUUGAUGGUGAGUAGAGACAGUUCGGACAAUAUAGAAAGUGGAACGGAUUCCAAUAGAGUUCUCAAUAUUCAGGACGACAAGAAUACAUACAAAAUAGCUCUCUUAGUUCACACUGUCAGCGAGUGUGGCUUGUGGAUGAAAAGAAUAGAAAGUGCAAAAGAAAUGUGUUCGAAAAUGUAUACUUUAAACUUACAGAAUAAAAGAAAAACUCAUGCUGAUGCGUGCAGUUCCAGUUCCAUGUCCUGUACAACCAGUGCAUUGACACAAGUACAAGUUAUCCCCUGUUCAAGCCAAGAGGAAGUUGAUGAGGAACUAGUUUCGGGACAUGUUCCAAAAACUUUUGAACAAUCAAUAUGGCUUCCAGAUUUUUUUGAUAUAGUAUUGCUUCCAAAACAGCCGUACGUGUAUCCUUCAAGUGAAGGCAAAAAGCAAAAAAGGAAAUUCCAAGAAAACUGGGUGACAGACCCAACUUUAGGAUUUGCUUUUUUAGGAUAUUCGAAAAAAGAAGAUGCAGUUUAUUGCAAACCGUGCUUUUUAUUCUUUAAUACGGGCGUGGGCAAAGGAGGUCAUGAGGCUCCUGGAAAAUUGGUCAGUAGUGGAUUUAGAGAUUGGAAAAAAGCUAAGGAAACCUUCAUGAAACAUUCCAUGACAGAUUAUCAUAAGGCGUGUGUAGUAUCUGCAGAACAAUUCAUGAUGGUCAUGUCAGGAAAACAAAAGGAUGUACAUUCACAGCUACACACUCAACACGCGAGAGAAAGAGAGGAGAAUAGGUCGGCACUAAGGCCUAUAAUUGAAACAAUACUUUUUUGUGCCGAGCAAGAGCUGCCGUUAAGAGGAGAUGAAGACAGUGGGCCACUCACGUUAGAAAAACCAGAUAAAAAAGAUGGUAAAUUUCGUGCUUUACUUCGGUUUAGAGCAUGUGCUGGAGACGAAAAUUUAAAGAGGCAUAUUAUUAACUGUGGUAAGAACGCUACAUAUGUAAGUCCUGAGAUUCAGAACGAGAUUAUUCAAACCUGCUCAAAUUUAGUGACACAAGAGAUUGUUUCUAGAAUCCAAAAAUCAGAUUGCUUCGCUAUCCUGGCCGAUGAAACAAUGGAUAUCUCAGCAACUGAACAACUCUCAAUAUGUAUCCGUUACGUAGAUUAUAAGAAUGAAACACCCGUAAUACGAGAAGAUUUUGUUGGAUUUGUACCAAUAUACAGUCAAAGUGCAGAGCAUAUUACGAAAGUAAUUUUGGAAAAAUGUAACAAUUUGAAUUUAAAUUUGAACAAGUGUGUAGGACAAGGGUAUGAUGGAGUUGCCACCAUGUCUGGCCAUCUUACUGGAGUUCAAACCAGGAUCAGAGAGAAAUACCCAAAAGCAAGGUACUUCCAUUGUGCCAGCCAUAGAUUAAACCUUGUAUUGGGUGAUACAUUUUCAAAUUCUUGUGUUAGAAACUGCUUAGGAGCAAUAAAAGAGAUUACAAAUUUCUUCAGAAACAGUACACACGCUAACAAUAUUUUACAACACAAUAUUAACAUUCAUGCCGCUGAUUCAAAGAAAAAAAGGCUAACACGUCUAUGCGAAACACGUUUCGUUGAAAGACACAACAGUGUGUUAACAUUUGCGGAGCUAUUGCAUCCUAUUGUUGUAAGCUUAGAAGAAAUAUCACAGACACCCCAGAAAAUAUCUUCUUCAGCAGCAAGCUUCUUGGCUACAGUUGGAAAAAGUGACUUCAUCGUGAGCCUGUUUGUGUGUGAAAAACUCUUUAGCCUUACUUUGCCCCUGUCUGUAUCACUUCAGGAAAAAAAUCUAGAUAUGGUGUCUACUAUUAACCAUGCAGAAACAUUAUUGGAGUCUUUGAAAUCUAUGAGAAAUAAUGCAAUGAAUGAUUUUAGAGACAUGUUUACUUCAGCUGAAACACUAAGUCGGGAAAUAUUUGAGUGUCCAUUGGCAAUUCCCAGACUGAUUUCACGUCAGCCACAUCGUUCAAAUCCAGAGACUAAUUCAAUUAAAGAUUAUUUCAGAGUAACAAUGUACAUACCAUGUGUUGACUCACUUAUUCAAAAUUUAACAGAAAGGUUUUUAGCGAAUGAAGACAUUUUAUCUAGUUUUCAAAUCCUCCUUCCGGGAUUUACAAGUCCUGAAAAAGUAAAUCUGUUGGAAAAUCUAACUCAAUAUUUUGAGGGGAAUCUAUCUCUAGCUGCUGUAAAAGCUGAGUAUAUACUGUGGUGUAACAGUACAAAAGGAGAACUGAAAAAGGAGACUGAAGUUUUGAAAGUUCUUGAACUAUGUGACAAAACGUACUACCGGACAAUACAUUACCUCCUGACGGUAUUAGCUACUAUGCCAGUGACCACUUGCAGUGUGGAAAGGACUUUUUCAACAAUGAAAAGGGUGAAAAGUGUUCACAGAAGUUUAAUGUCAGAUAAAAAGUUGAGCGCACUAGUUAUGGUAGCCACUCAUCGAGAUAUAAAUAUAAAACCCGAUCAUAUAAUUGACAAAAUGGCAGGCGCGAAGAAAAGGAGACUGCUACUAUAA